AACGUUUGAUGAAAGAGGCGGCAGAACUGAAGGAUCCUACAGAUCAUUAUCAUGCACAGCCUUUGGAGGAUAAUCUUUUUGAAUGGCACUUUACUGUUAGAGGCCCUCCAGAUUCAGAUUUCGAUGGAGGGAUUUAUCACGGGCGAAUAGUACUACCACCUGAAUAUCCCAUGAAACCACCCAGCAUUAUUUUGCUGACGGCCAAUGGCAGGUUUGAAGUGGGGAAGAAAAUUUGUUUAAGCAUCUCAGGGCAUCAUCCUGAAACAUGGCAGCCUUCAUGGAGUAUAAGAACAGCUUUACUAGCGAUUAUUGGAUUUAUGCCAACCAAAGGUGAAGGAGCAAUAGGAUCUCUAGAUUAUACACCAGAAGAAAGAAGAGCUCUUGCAAAGAAGUCACAAGACUUCUGUUGUGAAAUGUGUGGCACUUCUAUGAAGACAGCCCUCUUACCACUAACGUCGGAAAGCAUGUCAAGCCAGGCGGACAAGGAGGCUAAAGAACUCGCCAGACAAAUUAGCUUCAAGGCAGAAGUCCAUUCAUCUAGGAAGUCUGGUGCUGGACCCUCAGACGUGUCAGAAUUGAACCAUUCUGCUGCUUCACAUGAGCCUCAGCAGGAUAGUGCAGCUAGAGCAUUCCAGGAUCCAACAAGUGCAACGUCUGAAACUCAGAAUAGCGGUGCAGCAGCCAGUCAAGAGCGUGCUCCACCUGUGCCCACUAGCACAUCCAUGAGUCCUCGGCAGCGCCGUGCCCAGCAGCAGAGUCAGAGACGGGCUCCGUCUUCAACUGACUUUAAUCGGGUACAGCAGCCAAGAGCCAACAUGAACCACACUGGAUCGACUGUUCUGAUUGUCCUUCUGACUUUUGCAUUGGCAGCUCUUAUAUUUCGUAGAAUAUGUUUGGCUAAUGAGUAUGUUUUUGAGUUGUAAGGUUGUUUCUGUUGUAACAGCAGUGGCUUGAACGCUUCAUUGAACGUUCUGUGUUGGGUAUGACGUGAGAACUGUUUACAAAG